GGAAGCCCCACCGGCUCCCCAUACCAUCGGUUUCUCAGUUGCCUCCUUCACGGUUUGCGACUUCAAAUCGCCCCGCAUGCGAUUUUAAUUAUUGUCCUUCUAUUGCUGUCCUUGGUAUCUUUACAUUCUGUCGUGUGUUGGGAUAUCGAAGCCUUUGUAGAAAACGACUUUGAAACGGAUAUUUCCUUUUUAGGACCAUCUCCAGCCCGGCCGUUUCUGUUUCUCGCGCAUAAAAAAAAGUGAUCACUCGACGCUCCUUCUCUUUCUCACUCCCUCUUUUCACCAAUACCUUCGAUUCCCAUUCCUCAAUCCCUUCCCUCGACAAUGAAUCCCGCUUGCUGGAAGCCCUUGUCCGGCAAUUCCCUCCGCCAGGCUGCCGCAUGCUCGAUCCGAUCAACCCUUCGACCCUCCUCUACAAUCAGAUCCACCGCCGGAACUCGAUCCUAUGCCACCAAAAACACCGCGUCAGCACCCUGCACCAACAGCGUCCGCAAGACACUCUAUAACGCCUUCCCUAACCGCUCUCACCAUGUCCGCUUUAACGGGUUGCAUCCAUCUUCCGCUAUCUCUUUCAAUGGUAUUGUGUCCUCAAGGUUCAUGCCCGUGAUCCGGCGCGGCUUCGCAUCCCAAUCAUCAUCUUCCUCCUCACAGCAAGCAGGAACCAGUAGCGCUGUCUCCACAAAGAAAUCCGGAGGAUUCAUGGACAAGAUCAAGGACAUGGUCAAGAAAUACGGCUAUACCGGCGUGGCUGUCUACCUUGGUAUCUCCGCGAUUGAUCUCGCUGCCACCUUCGUCAUCGUGAAAGCUGCUGGCAUGGACAAGAUCGAGACUGCCCAAGACUGGGUCGUAGAUCAUGUCGGGGCCUACUUUGGAUACAAGCGCAACCCGAAGCAUCAACAUUCACACAGCGAUGAUGACGACUUGGAUCUGGAUAAGGUCGACGACGAGCAGGUCGGCGCGAUCUAUAAUAAGGCCUCAGGACUGUGGAGCGUCUUUGUAAUCGCUUACGGAAUCCACAAGCUGCUGGUCCCACUUCGUGUCGUCGCCACGAGUAUGAUCACCCCGCCUUUGGUCAAGUGGCUGGUCAAGAAGGGCUGGAUCAAGGAGGCUGCAAAGAAGGGCGCUGCUGUCACGGCCGGAAGCGCUGCUGUCGGGACUACGAAGCCAUGAGGAAUGCGGAGUAAUUGGACUGAGGAAUUGUUUGCUGCAAUGACAACGGAUAGACUAGACUGGAUUAAGCAGCAUGCAAUACACAGCACAAUAGAGGAAGUUUGAGGGGUAUUAAAUCGCUACAUAUGAAUCACGUAAAGCAAAA